UCUUCCGCCGCUGGUUCGAGUCCAGCGCGGGGUUAGCAUUAGCAUAGUUAGCCUCUGUCCCACACACGUGAAUAAACGAAGAAUUAAAGGGAUUAAAACAAGAAAACUACAAAAACGGCAAACAAAAAUGACUACGGAGCCUCUCGAACACUUCCGUACUUUCAUCACGGAGAGUUUUACCGCCGUAGCUGUCAAUAUUUUUAGCGAAGUGCAAAAUCUGGUGCAAUGUUACGAGGAUGAAAACAAACGACUGCAGAGUCUGCUCAAGUCAGUGCUGCAACCGCAAGUGCAUCUCUGUAGGAUCGGUACGGAGCUAAGAAAUACGCAAUCAUGUGGUUAUAUCGGAUCAGACAGGAUUAAAGGUUGCAAAUCGUUUUAAAGCUAUAUAUAUCUUUUUUUUUAAGUUAGUUAAAAAUAGCAUAUAUUAUUUACUUUGUAUUUGGUUGAUCUACUACUCCACACAGCACCUAUAUACGCAUACUGUUUGGAUACACGAUGAGAAACAGGAAUUAACAUGUUACUUAAUCCAAUUUAAAUUUAAUUACAUUGUUAUACCAUCUGUAGUAACUUCCAUUAUUUUGUACUUUCUAAUGAAAUCAGCGAAGCCAGCUGAAUUUACUUGAGAGACUAUAUUUACUUCAAACUACAAACCAUCAAGUCUUUGCCAAUGGGACAUCCCUGGUUUGGGGUGGUUGAAAAUAAUACAGUUGUGAAACGAGUGCGUAAUUAAAGAACAUUGUUGCACUGAGCCCAUUCACAAUUAAUCUGUGAGUCAGUAUAGUCACAUCUUCUUUGUGUUUUGGUCAUUUUUAAGCGUUUUUUUCUGUAGUUUACUGAAACAAAUGGCAGUCUGUGCCACUCUUAACUGUUGGUAGGAAUCAAAUUGGUCAAAAAUAAGGACACCUGGGACAAUGGGACAAAUCAGUGGUUUUGUAUAAAUCUGCUGGGACACGGGACACAGGGCUCAAAACUGGGACUGUCCCAGGUAAAUAGGGAUGUCUGGUCACCCUACUCUACUUACUACCAAGUCAUUAACUUUUUUUUGGAACUAAACUGGAUUUAUCAGCAGGCUUUGCACACUUCUAAUUUGUGCGGUCUGUGCAGGCCCUGUGUUUUAGAUGUGGGUUCCAGUUACCCAGCCCUCAGAGAGUGCGCUCCUGGAGCUCAGAGCAGAGCUGUGUUCUCUGACACCGGUUUGAUGGAGCUCAAAGAGGAGCAGACGGAGUGUGUGAUCAGCGAUGACGUCAUGGACCAGGUCAAAACCGAGCCAGAGACCAUCUGCAUCUUGAACUCGCACAGUACUUUAGAGCUGAGUGACACUCCCUGCUCUUCGGCCGCAGUUUCAGCUUCAACGUCAGUGAUCGAAGACGACAACAUUGAAAAUGGAGAGGGGGAGGGAGGAAAUGGUGAAGAUGAAGAGGAGGAAGAGAUAGAAGAGGAGGUCAAUGAAAACAGAGAGGAUCAAGAGCCAAGUACAUCCCAAGAGACAGAGCCUUCGCCACAGAAAACUCUGCUGGAAUGUCCAAGGUUCAAGAAGCCGGACAACACUUUUCUCCCCACUCCCAGUGAAUACAAGGCUUUUAUCUCUCGCCAGACUGAACUCUAUAAAGACAUGCCAGCAGAACAGCGCCCCCUAAUCACGCUCAUGGGGCUAGACGAGGACGUGGAGUUUGUGGAGUGUGCCCUGGGUGAAGUCCCUAAAGGAUGCCCCCUCUCCUACCAUCACCCUCUGCCCUCUAAGAAAGACUUCAAACCACUAGACAAUACUCCUCCACAACCUCGACUCCCCCUGCAGAGCCACACGGUCCCAUCAUCCACCAUUCCCCCUCUACUGGAAAACCAACUGGGAAUCAUCAACAGCAUGGCCCUAACAUGGGAGGCUGCUUAUACACUGGAACAAUCUACUCGCCAAGACAAAGCAGUCACCAGCAGUGUUAAGAAUGGACGACUGUUCGACUGUUUUAAAGACUUAUUUUCAAUUAAAGAUGCAGAAGGUAGCGCAGAAAAACUAGUGGCUAAGCUAAAACGCGGUAAACGCCGGUGUAAGCAAGCGACUAUUGAAAAGGAGCUACGGAUGGAAGCUGUGCGUGAAUAUUGUCAGCUCAUUUGUGUAAACUGGUAUCCGUGUGGGGUUGUAGUGCAUCCAGGCGCUCCCUGGAUCGCGGCGCAUCCACACGGCUUGGUGUAUGAUCCCAAUGAGGAAAUCUCCUUUGGGAUUUUACAUGUGAAGUGUGAGCAUUUGCGCAGCUUCACUGAGAGUACAUAUAUGGUGUGUAAAGAGGGUACGCCUCGGCUAAACCCCUGGACUCCCACUUAUUGGCACAUUCAGGGGGAGCUGAUGGUGACGGGGACUGCGUGGUGUGACCUCCUCCUGUUCUGUGGAGAGGACAUGUUGAUUCAGAGAGUUUACAGAGACGAAGCGCUGAUCAACACACUCAAACACAAAAUGGACGCCUUCUUUUUCAAACACUACCUGCCCAACCUGUAUCAGAACCUGGACCAGGACUAAAACCAGGAUUGAAACCAGGGCGAAAACCAAGACAAAAAACUGGAAAACUAAGGCUGAAACAAGGACAAAAAAUAAAACUCAAACCUGGACUGAACCUGGACUGAACUAGGAUUUCCUUCUCAUUUCCUCCACAUUUGAAUGACCGGAACAAAACUGAGUUUGACUAGGACUAAAUCAGAUCUAAAACAGGAAUUUCUUAGAUUCUUCAAUUUCAAAACUCAACUAGGACUAAACCUAGACUAAAAGUAAAAAUCAGGACUGGACCCAACCAAAAUCUUUAUGGUCUUUGAUGAUACUCAACACUAAACCAGGACUAAGGAUUAGGGCAGGAUUACAUCUCUUCCAUUCUGUCCAUUAUCAUGUUCUGAACUGAAUCAGGUUAAAAACUGAAUUAAACAAAGUCUACAAAUGUCUGACUAUGGACUAAACCAGGAUCGGUUGUGAAUCAGCACUAAACCUGGACAUUUGUUUUUUAGUUCCUACUAAAGUGAUUCAGUGAUAUUUUUAAAUAGCACAAACUCUGUGCAAUGUAAAUGUUUUCUCUGAAUUCAUUUCUCUGAAGUCAUGUCUCUGACAGUUGUAGUGUGAUUUCAGUGUUAUUGUCUUUUCUGUUUAACCCCUGUAGAGGGCGCUGUCUCUCCUCAGCUGGACAGCCACAUGUUUCUCUGGUUGCCAAAUUAUACUUGUUUGCCUCACUUUGGACCAAAACUAACUAAAACGGCAGGGCACUGAUUAUGGUAAAAUCCUUCAAGUAAUUCAGUCAACCUUUGUACAAAGUAAAUGUAUGUACAUUGUAAGUUCAUAAUAAAGCUCUAUUUUUUUA